UGAUGGUCAAUUUGGGUUGGUGUGUGUGCGAAGAUGAAGGCAUAGAGUCGUCGAAUGACUGGUGACAUUACCCGAUGCUGAGGAGCGUCCUGCAAAAGCAUUCGCUGGCCGGUGGUGACCCACUACAAUGCCGCAGAGAGCACUGUAGAAGAAAGCCUUUUGGGCAUCAAAUCUGUGUUGUGGCAUCUCAGAGCAGCGGAUCCGGCAAAAGAAAACCCCGAGCUAGAAGGCCAGGAGUCUUUGAGGUCGAGAAAAUCAACCCUCCUCCACAGUCCUUGGGCAUACACCAGUUGCCGGUGGACACCCACAAUGGAGACCAGAUAACAGUGGAAGACGAGGACUUUGUGGUCACUGGAUUGGUGCUAAAGUACAAGCUGGUGGGCGGGAGGUAUCAGAGGGAUCACAACAGACUGGAGGUUCAGCAGACCAGCAGAUACUUUGUCAAUUUGUACUAUGACAGCCUACUGGAGAAGUCGGCAUGAACAAAUUCUUUUACUAGUCUCUUUUCUGUGACUAGUGUUGAAGGGCAUGCUCAAGCAAAAAGCUGCCUGAAAUUAUAUUGAAGUCCCCGAUAAGCACUGUAAAAGGGGAGUAGAGGCGG